AUGCAGGGAACCAUUACUCAGAGUGACUUCUUAGUCGCAGUACCAAAGGAGAUAUACAACUAUCGGGUUUAUGUUCUCGCGGUAGUUGCCUCGAUGGGUGCUAUUCUAUUUGGUUACGAUCUUGCUUUUAUUGGAACUGCAAUAACAUUGAAGCCAUUCAAGAAGGAUUUUGACUUAAUCGGCGCGUCUCAAUCGAACCUAGACUCCUUCUCGGCAAACAUCGUCUCGCUCUUGCAAGCAGGAUGUUUCUUUGGAUCAUUGGCCGCAGCUCCACUCGGCGAUCGGUUUGGUCGAAGGAAAACACUGAUAAUGACCGGAAUGAUAUUCAUCGUUGGUUCGAUAAUGCAAGUCGUAUCCAGUGGUAGCGUAUCCGUAAUGUAUGCUGGGAGAGCGGUGGGCGGUUUGGGGGUUGGAGCAGCAAGUAUGUUGGUGCCACUUUAUAUUGCCGAAAUGUCUCCACCUUGCAUAAGAGGAAGGCUGGUGGGAAUCUAUGAGAUUGGAGUACAAGCAGGAACAUGUACCGGCUUCUGGAUCAAUUAUGGAGUUAGCAAGAACGUAGCGCCCACAUCGGCGCAAUGGCAGAUUCCGUUUGCAAUCCAACUGGUUCCAGGAGUCAUGUUGACUAUUGGCAUGUUCUUUCUACCGGAAUCACCUCGAUGGAGCGCAAAAUCGAAAGGACGAGAGGUUGCAGUUACCCAGCUUGCAAAUCUUCGCAAUCUUCCUAUUAACCAUGAAUAUAUCAAUGAAGAAAUGUUCAGAAUAAUGGAGCAAAUCGAGCAGGAGAGAGCAGCUGUAUCAGGCAAAGGCUUAGUGGCCGAAUUCAAAGAACUCGCAAUUCCAGGAAACAGACGGCGAAUUGUGAUCGGAAUUCUCAUAUUCGUGUUCAUGCAGUUUGCAGGAAGUAACGCCAUCAAUUAUUACUCCCCACGCAUUUUUGCGUCCAUCGGAUUGCAAGGCUCCAAGGCAACCCUAGUCUCGACGGGGGUAUAUGGAAUUGUUCGAUUUGUUGCAAUUUGUGUUGCAAUGUAUUGGGCCGUUGACAAGUUCGGUCGAGUAAAUCUAUUGAUUUGCGGUAGUGUUGUAGCAGCAUUUGCAAUGUGGUUCAUUGGAGCGUACAUCAAGAUCUGCCCUCCAGCAACAUCGGCUCAUAUCAGCGCUGGAGGCUAUGCUGCUGCGACCAUGAUAUAUGUCUUUGCCAUAGCUUUCUGCUUCUCAUGGGCUGGCAUACCGUGGAUCUACUGUUCCGAGAUAUUUCCGCUUCGUAUUCGCAGCAUGUGCGUCGCGAUAUGUGCGGCUACGCACUGGCUCAUGAAUUUCGUUAUUGCCCGAAGCGUUCCUUAUAUGAUUACAUCAAUCGGCUUUGGGACGUACUUCAUUUUCGGUGCAAUGUUGACUUUGUCAAUUCCCUUCGUGUAUUUCUUCGUCCCGGAGACGAAAGGGCGAUCACUUGAAGAUAUGGAUGCGCUGUUCGGGGUGCCGUCGUUUCUCGAUGACGAUAUUGAGAAGUCUGUAGCGAUGACGGAACACCUAGAAACGAAGCAAGGGUAA